AUGGCCGCGAAUGGAGCGCAGCAGGGCUUCGAGCCCGUGCUGGCGGCACACAAUAUGAUGCAGUCGGCAGGGAACCGGGCGCAAAAAGAGCAGGCACACCAGUUCCUGGAACAGUUCCAGAAGUCGCAAGAGGCAUGGGUAACGACGCUGGCCAUCAUCGAGUCGCCAGCAGCAGACGCAGCAGCCAAACUGUUUGCGGCUACCACUCUCAAGGGCAAGAUCGUGUAUGAUCUCCACCAAGUGCCCCGCGCACAGCUCCCAGAGCUUCGAGCCUCAAUAAUGCGGAAUCUCGCGACCUUCCAUGCUGGGCCCAAGCCUAUCAGAUUGCAGCUUUGCGUUUGCUUGGCGAAUUUGGCCAUACAAAUGACAGAAUGGAAGGAUGUUCUGUCGGAUGUCGUCACCGCACUUGGAUCAGAUCCGGCGACGCUGCCCUGUGUCCUCGACUUCCUCCGCGUACUGCCUGAAGAAGUCACGCAUGGACGAAAAAUCGCUCUCACAAAUAACAGUCUAAUGCUUGGUGGCCAGGAACACGAAUUGACUAUGAGGACGGUCGAGUUGAUCGAGGACAAUGCGCAGCAAGCUCUGCAACUUCUGAUUCGAUAUGCGACAUCUUCACCCGCGGCCGCACGGAACCCACAGCUGCUCAACUGUAUAACCUCGUGGAUGCGCGAAAUCCCGUUAGAGUCGAUCAUCAACUCUCCUCUUCUUAAAAUCAUCGCCGAUGACCUGUCCGAAACUACCGACGAGCCGUUUGAUGCCGCAGUGGAAUGCAUGAGUGCUUUGAUUGCCGAAACCCGCGACGUGGACGAAACCAUGCAGUCUAUUCUGACGCUCUAUCCGCAAGUAAUCGCCCUCCGACCGAAGCUUGCCCAGGCCGCUCAGGAAGAGGAUACAGACAAAUUCAAGGGCAUUGCCAAGGUAUUUGCAGAAGCCGGUGAAUCCUGGGUAUUGUUGAUUGCGCGUUUGCCGACCGACUUCCGGAAUCUGGUGGAAGCCAUCCUCGAAGCAGCCGCUCUCGACAAGGAGAGGGAUGCGAUUUCCCACACCUUCAAGUUCUGGUAUGACCUCAAGCAGUAUCUGACUAUCGAAAAGUACGGGGAAGCUAGAAUGCAGAGUCUCGAUAUAUACUCCAAGCUGGUCGACAUAAUGAUAGGCCACCUCGAGUUCCCGAAGCCUGAGAGUGGUGAUGAAAAGGACUUGUUUGAGGGCGACAGAGAAGCAGAGGAAAAAUUCCGCGAAUUUCGACACCAGAUGGGCGAUGUGCUAAAGGACUGCUGCGAAGUCAUGGGCGUCGUAGAGUGCUUGCAGAAACCGUACGAUCUUAUCCAGCGAUGGGUGCAGACAUAUGGCCAGCAAGCAGGGCCAAAUAACGUCCCUGAAUGGCAAAAGUUGGAGGCACCACUGUUCGCAGUGCGAGCGAUGGGCCGCAUGGUACCACCGGAUGAGGACGUCAUGCUGCCUCGCCUGAUACCACUUAUUGCAGCGAUACCCGACCACAACAAGCUCCGCUUCCAAGCGGUCAUGGCACUUGGUCGGUACACUGAGUGGACUGCGCAACACCCAGAUACCAAGCUGUAUCUGGACCCAGUUAUGCAGCACCUCGUCACAAUUGCGCAGCAGGCAAAGGACGAACCAGAGCAGAAGCUACUUGCCGACAAGAUCAAUCUGAUCACGAUAUUCGUGGAGACUGUCAGACCAGAAAUACCUUCUGGCCAAGAGCACCCCGCUGUCAAGUACUGCCAGGAGAUUUUCCCCAUGCUCGGCAACAUCAUCGAGCACUUCAACAAAAGCAUCCCAAUCCUUGAGCGAUUCUACGAGCAGCAAGCCAAGACUUUCUUACGCAUUCUCAGCGAUCUGCCACCCGAAGAGUUGCCGGAUCUCAUUGAGGAUUACUUCCGCCUCGCUGCCGAUAUGGCGCUCUAUUUCCCAUCCGAGUCGAUAUCAUCGCCCCUCAUGGAGACCAUAUUGCUUGCAGCAUGCAGCUCCCUUACCCUGCUGAAGGAAGACCCUAUCAUUGCCACACUACACUUCCUCCGCGACCUGCUCGCGUAUGGUCGCAACUCUUCACCAUCGUCCAGCUUCGAAACCGCCCGUCAGGAGGUACCAGAAGCUCUGCGCAACCGUGUCAAGCAGCUCGUGGUCGGUGCUGGAGUUCAACUUGUUCAGCGUAUCAUGACCGGCAUGAUGUACAGCUUCCCAGAAGGCGCCUUUGCCGAUUCUUCUGGUGUACUGCUUGACCUCUUCGAGCUUAUGCCGGAGCAGGUCGCUCAAUGGGUAGCCAACACUGUGAACAUGCUUCCACAAGGUAGCAUUACACCGCAAGAGAGCGAGCGCUUCCUGAACAACAUCCGACAGCGCAUUCAGACUGGCGAUGUCCGGAUGAUUAGGACCAUCUUGCAAGACUUCACGACCAGCUACCGUCGCCGCAACGUGGCGCCAAGAGAAGGAUUAGGUCGACUGGAGGCCUCGCGGUUCAGGUUCUCCGGUUAG